CAGGUGGAAAAUACACUUUUCCGUGUCCCGCGCCAUGAGUUAGAGCAUACUUCCCGCGUCUUCCGCGACAUGUUUCUCAUCCCUUCCGGUGCCGAUCACCCCGAGGGCGAGAGCGACGAACAUCCGAUUGUCCUGGAGAACACAUGUAGCUAUGACUUUAGGCAGCUCCUGCGAGCAAUGCUUUGCGGCCCGCCGUUGAAUACCCACAGAGAAGACAUGGGAGGGCCGGACGACAGUCUACCUGUCACUUUUGAGGAGUGGACCUCAGUCAUCAAGCUUUCCCAUCGAUGGGAGAUGAGCGCGGUGUAUCAGCUUGCAUUAAAGCGAGUAUCUGACCUAAAGGACGUUGACCACGUUGAAAAGGCUGCUGUCGCGCUCACGUACGACAUACAAGAGUGGAUCAAAUCAACGAUAAAUGAUAUCGCUCGAAGAGAUGAGCCACUCUCGCGACGGGAAGUCGACAUACUGGGUAUAGACACCGUGCUCAAGAUAGCUAGGGUUAGGGAGAGCAUCGGGCCGAGAGGGACUAUCAGAAAGAGAAGCGCGGCGCGUUUGGACUUUGGGUCAGUGAUAACGGAGGUUUUUGAGGAACGUUUUCCAAAGAAAGCGGUCUCGCCGCCAAAGCCCGCAAAGACUACUCCGGCAAGGGUCAUCUCCAACUCGUCUGACUCUGAUUAG